AUGCUCGACCCUAUACCUCCCCCGCGAUGGCUUCAGGAUCUGGUUACGCCGAUGGCAGAGCGCUGGUCUCUGCCGACGCUGCCGUAUCACGUCCACGAAAUCAUCCUCUCCUUCGCCCUGUACCAGUUCAUCCAGUCCGUCGUCGGACCCAUGCUCUCUACCUGGCUCUUCCCAAAGAUCUAUCCUAGCUUCAACAGGCGCACGAAGCUUGGCUGGGAUAUCCAUGUCGUCUCUCUCACACAGAGCACUCUCAUCUCCGUCUUGGCGUUGUGGGUGACGUUUGCAGACGAGGAGCGCAGGAGCAUGACGCCCGUUGAGCGCGUGUAUGGGUAUUCGGGGGCCUGUGGCUUGAUACAGGCCAUGGCGACGGGAUACUUCCUGUGGGAUCUGAUUAUCAGUGUCAGACAUGUCAAUGUGUUUGGUGUCGGCAUGCUGUUCCAUGCGAUUAGCGCAGUGCUGGUGUUUAGCUUGGGAUAUAGACCAUUCGUCAACUACUAUGCGCCGACAUUCAUCCUAUAUGAGCUCUCCACCACCUUCCUCAACUUCCACUGGUUUUUCGAUAAACUGGGCAUGACCGGCUGCCGCGCCCAAUGGUACAAUGGAAUGGUCCUCCUCUCGGUCUUCUUCUCCUGUCGCCUCAUUUGGGGCUCAUACAACUCAUUCUACGUAUUCUGGGACAUCUACAGGGCUUUCCAGGCGACCAGCAAAUCUGCCCAACUUAGCACCGCGGAGUUUCACUCCCUAGUCUUCAGCCCCAGGAACACGACCAUGUGCCUAGACGACAACUGCAUUAGGGCAAACGCCGAGAUCUCUCAGUUCGCCCACUUCUCGGCAACCGGUAUUCCACCCUGGCUUGCAUUCACUUACCUAGGUAGCAACACGGUCCUCAACACUCUCAACUGGUACUGGUUCUCAAAGAUGAUCGAUGCGGUGCUCAAGCGGUUCAGAGGCGAGGACAUUGCGCCUGGAGAAAAGACUGCCGCACCAGAGUCUAUCGAAGGAGACGCAAGUGCUAUUGUCCUUGAAGCAGCUGCUACACUUGAACAACAAGAAGACGCUAUUAUUACCGGUAACCUGGCGAAUGACUCCAAGACCUCAACUACUACACAAUCAAUUCCUAUGAAUGGCGAAUCUAGCGCUCGGAGACGGAAGGCAUAG